AUGCGCGUCGCUGUUUCGCACCGGUUACCUGUAGAAACCCUAGAGAAUGAGACGCUAGGAGCUCGCGUGGCCACGCAGGGAACCAUGCCCCUCGCGGUAGAGGGCGAGAUAUCGUCGGAUUCAGUGGAGGAGAUCUCCGAGGAGGAUUUCAAGCGUCAGAAGUCCCCCAGACGUCCGUCGGUCAGGUCUAGAAGGAGCCGGAUGGGGGACGAGCAACAGUACUCCAUCCUUCAGAGGAACUACGCCUCCAAUCUUUACAACUUCGCUUGGGCGCGGGCGGUCCAGAACAAACCGCGCGCCACCUUCAUACCUGAGAAGGGGACGCCAGAGGUGAAAGUCCGCCGUGCUUCGGUGAGGCAGCAAGCCUGCUACGUUGUUGACAGCGGCGAGUCCAAUGGGCCGAUGGAGAAAGAGGAGGGAGAGUUGGAGGAAGGGGAGAAGGAGGUCGUUGACGAGGUUGCUAGUUGCGUAUCAGACAUAACUGAUGAAAAGGUGCUAUCCCUACCUUCAGAAGAAGAUGGCGAAACAGAGCUUGCUGAGGAUAUCGAUACGCAGGUCGCUUCAGUUCUUGAAGAGCUAGAGAUGGUAUCAGAGGAAGAUCCAGAAAAGUAAGCUUCUGACCUACUUGAGGGUGCCACAGACUAUGGAAUUAUGGUAAACUAACGAGUAGCUGGCUGCUGUUUGCUUGUGCAGAUCAUUGCAUAGUUGUUGCUCGCGGCUGCAGAAGAUCUUCAACAAUUUGCAGAGGAUGAUGUCAAGGAACCACCUUCCCGUAUUGGAUUCUCUGUUGCAGCAGGCAGUUGCGGGCAUUCAAGCUGUUCACUCUGUAAGACGACUUCAAAUUAUUUGAAUUAUUAUUUGUUGCUAUGUCACUGCAGUUUCUGAUCCAAGUUUCCAAGCUGAUGACAGGCUUCGAUGAAGAAAAAGGAUCAGGAAAAGGAUCCGCUGGCCAGGUCCUUCUUCUUUCUUCAUUAACCUUUAAAACUGCUUUCCUAUGUUUUUAUCCUUUGACUCUUCUUCUUUUUUUUUCUUUUCCUGUUGACUUUUAGGUUGCUUUCUUGGGUAAAGAACCAAAUCUCAGAUCUCUUCACAGAUGGUCAGAUGGAGAAGGUUCUUCCUUUGACCCUGUUGGAUUGUUUGGGAUUAUCCCUGCUUUGAGGGAUGCAUUAAAGUCAACCUUUUGUCUUCAUCUGUGACAGAUUAAUGAGAUGAUUCAGUCUGUGGUGCUUGAUGCUGUUGAAAAAGAAAUAGACGGCAAUUCUCAGUUGAAGUCAACAUCAUUACUACCCAAUACUAACGACUGUCAAAGGAACGAUGAUCAUUUUGUCACAAGAUCGCCAAAGUUGGAGCUAUAUUUAUACCCCCAAACCAGAGUGGACUGUCGUCUGUUGUUGGACCCCCUUGUAGACCAUGACGAGGAUAGCCUGCCUUCACCCACUCGUGAGAAUAUUCCAUCUUCAUCAUACCUGAAGGCUACCCACAUUUCAGGUCCUGCAAGGGAGCUAGAUCAAACCAGAGAUGCCGUGGUGCACACCUGUGGACAAGAUGGCAUCACAGUCACUAGUUACCAGGAGAAAUACUUUCAUCCUUCUUUUCUUCCAUCUGGCAAUGAGCUCCCGAGUCCAACUCCAUCGGAGGAGGGCAGAGAUGAUGCCGCAGACUCUCAAGGAGAAGUUUCUAGUUCAAAUCCCAGCGCUGCCAGAUCCUCAUCUUCAUGUGCACCAUGUCCACAUGUUGUUUCUGGCUCCAGCUUUGCUAAUGCAGACAGCCAGGGCGGACAGGGGCAGAGCUUGGUCAGAACGAUUGAGCUUGGUCAGGGUAGAGGAAUGAAACCGAUUGUGAAAUCAUUGGCCCAGAGAAGAGAUCCCGGGCUUAGGUUGGUUAACCUGGAAACAUCUAGUGGCCUUGAUUGCGGUAAACAAACUGUGUCCUGUGUUAACAGUGCCGGUAGGAAUGGAUUUACUGCAGUGCCCACAGAAAACUCUAGCAAGGUUAGAGUGGCUGAUGAGUUGGUUGCCGAAAAUCAUGCGUUGAAGAGGCGGAGAAAUGAUUUAUCAAAGUCGAGAGAAUCAGGGAAGGGUGGUUGGAUAGUGGAUAAUAACGUUUUGGUGGAUCAACCCAGUAAUAGUAAGCAGGCAAUAGAAGACGGGGAAACUGUCCGUGGAAAACCAGAAAUAGGACUAGCUGAUAUUGCUGGAGGGCAGAUCAUGAAUUCGACAGAAAAUGUUAGAAAUGAGCGUGCACCGUCAAGAAGUAAUCGACCUGUUCUUUUUCUGCCUGUUCUAUUGAAGGACAUGGCUGUAAACCCGACAAUGCUUAUGCAGCUAAUGGAGCAGCAGCAGAGAUUAGCUGCUGAGGCUAAGCAGAAGGUUGCUAGUUUGCCUCCAGUAACAAUGCAAUCGUUCACCACGAGUAGAUCACGUGAAACGGAAUUGUCAGUCAAUGUUUUGGCAUCAAGAGUUCCUACGGUAUGCCUAAUUUUAUUUAACUAGAAAAAUAUUUGUGGGUUGUAGGGAUUUGAAUGCCCUGAUUGGACUUUAUCAUUUAACUGCUACCACUCACUCCACACCCAACAAAGCAUCCCCCCGCGUCUAAAGCUCAUAGACACCAGAGAGUCUUGAAAGCACCUGCACAAGGCUAUCGUCUACCCAUUCCAUCCAUCAUAUCAGCUAACUCCAACAUCAGUUAAUGAAAACACCAUAUAGUUCCCAAUUAGUCUUGUUUGACUUAAAUGUGGCGAACACUGAUUUUUUGUUUCAGCUUCAUUUUCAGAAUCAAACCAAUGAUGGGAGCAUACGAAUGAAGCCCCGUGAUCCUCGUCGAAUUCUUCAUUGUUAUAGAUUGCAGAAGGGUGAAGUCAACGGGGGUCAUUCCAUAAACACUCAGAGUAAGGAAUCCUUAACAACAAAAGAACAAGGGGGGCAGUCACUGGGAGCCUCGUCUCCUUCUCAGUCAACCUCCCUCGCUGAUAUUGCAAAGCAGUUUGAUAAAAAUCUUAAGAACAUUGCUAACGGUGCUUCUACUCCACAAGUUUCUGGUCAAACCGCAUUACCUUCUCAGAAUGUUCCCCAGCCUGUACUCACUGGGGGGGAAGACAUCACUACUAGCUCUCAACCGAGCACAUCAGCUAUGGCACAUGAAACGCGGAAGCCACAGUCAUGCCCUUCAUGGGGGGAUGUGGAUCAUUUGCUAGAUGGUUAUGACGAUCAAGAGAGGACCACCAUUCAGAUGGAAAGGACGAGAAGGAUUGAAGAGCAGAAUAAAAUGUUUGCUGCCAGGAAGCUAUGCCUUGUUUUGGAUUUAGAUCACACUCUUCUAAAUUCUGCAAAGGUAAGGGAGAAAACCGCCUAAAUUCAUUCUUUCGUCCCCAUCUGAUAUCUGAGCUGAAACUAUCUCCACUGCUGGUUUCAGUUCUUAGAGAUAGACUCAAUUCAUGAAGAUAUUUUGAGGAAAAGGGAAGAGCAAGAUCAGGAGAGACCUCUGAGACAUCUAUUCCGGCUCCCACACAUGGGAAUGUGGACAAAGCUAAGGCCGGGGAUAUGGAAUUUUCUUGAGAAGGUAGGUGAAUUACUUCAACUCUGAAUAUACUUUUCCUAAGAUGAUGACAGUGCUUUGCCGAUGUCCUCUCUAUAGGCAAGCAAGCUCUAUGAACUCCACCUGUACACAAUGGGGAACAAGUUAUAUGCUACGGAGAUGGCCAAGGUCCUGGACCCAACUGGGCAAUUGUUUGCUGGACGGGUCAUCUCAAAGGGCGGUGAUGGUGAUGGCUUUGACGGCGAUGAGAGGGCGCCCAAGAGCAAGGACCUUGACGGUGUUCUGGGCAUGGAAUCAGCAGUGGUGGUGAUCGACGAUUCUGCUCGUGUCUGGCCGCAUCAUAAGCUGAACUUGAUUGUUGUGGAAAGGUACUCACUCCUCAUUGUCUCAUGACCUAAUAGAUCAUCUGCCUCAUAGUCUGUGUCUAAUUAAUAUCUUGAUUUUUGUUUUCCAUCUGUUGCAGGUAUACUUAUUUUCCCAAUAGCCGGCGCCGAUUCGGACUUCUCGGGCCUUCCCUUCUUGAGAUUGAUCGUGAUGAAAGACCGGAGGAUGGCACUCUUGCAUCUGCACUAGCGGUGCAGACUCCCUCCUGAGAACCUCAAGCAACGUAUCCUCCUUUCAAUGGUCUAACCUCUGACUAUUCUUUGGAACAGGUUAUAGGGAGAAUCCACCAGAUUUUCUUCUCACACCAUUGCCUUAGUAAGAUAGACACGAGGACUCUUCUCGCUUCAGAGCAGAGGAAGAUCUUAGCUGGUUGCUGUGUAGUCUUCAGCAGGAUCUUCCCAAUCGGGGAGGUCAACCCCCAUCUGCACCCUCUAUGGCAGAUGGCCGAACAAUUCGGUGCGGCUUGCAGUAACCAGAUCGAUGAUCAGGUUACCCACGUGGUCGCCAAUGCCCCUGGAACCGAUAAGGUACCCGAUGGUGGAGGCCUUUGCUCAUUAACAUGGCUAUCAGUUUUGGAGACUAAACCCUGGAUUUCUAGGUCAACUGGGCUCUGUCAAAGGGGAGAUUUGUUGUUCAUCCCGGCUGGUGAGAGAUGAUUACUCAGAUUUACGCAGCUGAAUGCCGCCUGCAUAUCCGAUGAUUUCUCUCUUUCUUUCUUUCUCUCCUUCUAGUCCUCUUUCUCAUCCAUCGUUGACUUACCCAGCCUCUCUUUGUGACAGGGUUGAAGCUUCGGCCUUGCUGUACCGGCGAGCCAAGGAGCACGAUUUUGCCAUCAAACCAAACCACAGCUGA